CUUGAAGCAAGUCGAAUUUUUCAUCCAAAGUCUAGAAGCAGAUCGCAGCUAUCGUGUCGUCUGCUACGGCUUGCGAGGAUGGUCAGAACCUGCAUAACCUAAGUUUGUUGAUGGUGUUUUUCUGUUAAAACACCAUGUCAUUCUUCUUUAAUACCCUAGCAUUCCAAUUGAAAGCUGUCACGUCUUUAUCCGGAACAUGUGGGAUAACUACAAGUCAAGUGAGAUUUGCUUCCAAGAAGAUGCCAUCGUUGUACGACCAGUAUCUUAAGCCUCGUCCCAAAGCUGGUGAUGUAGGAGUUUGUCUGAAACGGAUUGUCCACUAUGAAGAUGAGUACACUGUCAAACCUUUGACAGUGCAAGGGCUUGGAGGACGUGAUCCAGUAACAGGAAGGAAAGUUGUUCAAGGAUGGGGUGGAGGAAUCAAGCAUAAGUACCACUGGGUCCAUUGGGACAGAAACGGCCCAACUACGGAUGUACCUCCCAUUGAAGAAAAAGUUAUACAAAUUGUAUUUGAUGGAAAUCGGAGUGCAAGACUAGCCCUAGUCGCGGGUGGUGAUAAAAUGAAGUACUACCUGGCAACUGUAAACAUGAAACCGGGAGACAUUGUCAGAACAUCAAGCUACAUCCCACCUAUAGCCGUUACACCUAAUGAAGGUGAUGCCUAUCCAGUUGGAGCCCUACCAGUCGGUACCAUGAUUCACAAUCUACAGAAGACUCCUAAUGCCAAGAAUAGAUUACUUCAUUCUGCUGGAACUUUUGCAACCAUCUUAAAGAAUAAUAAAACUCAUGUCAUAAUAAAAAUGCCCUCAAAACAUGAGUUUGUUGUAGAUCCUAAGUGUAUGGCAUGUGUGGGAAGAGUAAGUAAUAUUGAGCAUGCAAGAACACCAAUCGGGAGUGCCCAAAAGUGGCGGCAAUUAGGUUUUCGACCCCGUUCCGGUCUUUGGCAAAGGAAGACUGGGCGGUUUGGUCGUAAGAUACGUGCACCGAAGAAAUUGGUCAUGAAAGACUCCAAGCAGCCAGCGGCUGUAAUUAAUUUGGAUGAAUAAGUAUGUUAAGUAUCUUCUUGUGUAAAUUUAUACAAAUAAAUAAGUAUGUUUUGAA